AUGUGGGAUCAAUUCAUCAGCGGCUGCAUGAUGCUGCUCAUGGGAAGCACCAACACAGAGGCGAUCGAAGCCAAGCUCAUGUCCGAGGACCCCCUCAUUCAGGUGGUGAUGGACUACACGUCCCAGUUCUUGGGGUUCGUGGAAGCCAUCAACACGCACAAGAUGAUUGAAGGCCAGCACUUUGCUAUCUCCGACGCCAUCCCAACAGAGAAAUACAUCAAGUUGUCUCAAAAGGAACAGGUGAAGUGCAUGGAAAGAAGCAUCGCCAACGUCUACAAGGCCGUCGAUUGCCGCCUGGUGCCCCACGUCAGACAGCUUCUCCGGUGCCCUGAGGCGGAUGGUGUCAUGGUAUUGCAGGACACGACCAGCUCGCUUCUGAGCGACAACCUGUCCAGCACGUCCGCCGUAACCUUGGCCGAGCUGGUUCAUGAUUUCCUCGCCAAGAUCUACUCCAGCUCAUCGCCGCUGGCCUUUCGUUGGCGUGUGAAUGUGGACAGCUUCAUGCUCAUCUUGAACAGCCAAGGCCUGGCCAUUUCCACCGCCAUGAUCCUGCAGUUCUUGCCCAAGUAUGCCGCGCCCAACGCUGAGGCGGGGAAGGACAGAAUCAUCAGAGGCAUGAGGGACUUCUUCCUGGACUACGCAGAUCAAGUCAGUCCCAGCAAUGAAUUGUGCAAUCAGCUUGCCAGUGCCUUCAAUGAUAUCCUGGAGAGCAAAUAUGGGCUGACUCCUAUGUUUGCUGAGAGGAAUACUACAUAA